AUGGCUUUUGCAUCCAACUGGAAUUUCCGAUGGCGAUAUGGUCUGCUUGCCCAACCGGGUGCACAGGCCAUCGAGCCCUUCCUAGGCACACGAGCCCAACUCGGGUUCAUUGGAACCAUUAUCACACAGUCAAUCAUCGUUCUGACAAUGGUGGCUAUCGCGUUUGGUCUUGUCGAAUCCAAUAUCGACACGAAUGAUGGCGAUUUUGAAGGCGACAGGUUGAAGACCUUGCCUUGUUACUUCGCAAUGUUUGGCCUCGCGGAGAUAUUUGAACUUGUCAUGGGCCUGGAUGCACUCAAGUUACGAAACAUAAUUCAACUGGUUGGUAUAUGUAUCUUCCACGCGAUGCUCAUCGUUUCCGCUGGGCUUCAAAUCCAUCAAACCCGAACAGCUCUCGUUCGUCCCGAAGUUAACGGCACGCGCAUUAACUCAGCGGAUUCGUGUGUUGGGGAUGGAAUCCAGACUUGUUCCGGUCCGGAUGGCUUAUUCGCGCUGGUCGAAAAGUUUCUCAUUGUGGUACCAGUUAUUCUGGGCGCCAGUCUACUUAGUAUGAUUUAUUUCGUCCGCGAGCUGUAUCACGAAUUUGGAUGGGCAGUCUUCCACGCGAUCGGUGCUGACCCACGAAUGAAAGAGAUGUACAGAUGGUAUCAAAUUAUGAUUUGCCUCCUCAAAUUUGACUUCUUCUGCUUUGUCGCGUUAACUAUGCAGCUUCUUAUCGUGGUGCUGAGCAAAUCAUCAGCCGAGUUUGGCUUGACAGUUGCAGCGAUCCCCGUUGUGCUCAUUCUGUUGAUUGCAUGCGGGAUUGCAGUACAAAGGGAGAUCAAAUGGCUCAUGACCGGAUCACUGGUCCUCAUGUUAGGUGCCCAAGCGUACUUUUUGUACAAGUUCUCGAGAUUGUUCAUUGGAAAGACCCGAGAGCAGUACGUUAGUACACGAGCGACGUUGGCUACAGUUUCUAUCAUUGCUUUUGUGAUGAUUUUUGCUUCGUUUGCCGUUGGGCUCCGAUGCUUUGCCGAUUUCGACAAGGGCUUGAAGAAGUCCAAAGUGCAAGCUGUGGAACAACAGAACCGGCGGCCAGGCAAGGGAGCUUUCUCCCCACUCCAUACUCCUGGACUGGACCAGCGUGGAUCAUAUAUGCUUGAACCACGGAUGUCGAUUGAAUAG